AUGGGAAUGAAACAUUCUCUCUCUCUCUCUCUCACCCCACAGCAGAGGCAACUCCAUGCCUGGCCAUUCAUUGAGAUCAAUACAGGGGACCUGACCCACUACAUGGCUCCGCUGUCCUCCCAGAGUGGCUUCCACCACACUGGCUUCGUUGUGCCCGAGCUCAUCACACAGACAGCAGCCAAGACACCGGUGACAGAGGAGUCCUUGGACCAGGACAGAGGGACAGAUAUUGCAGGUACUCUAAGCCCCUCCUCUCUCCAUACAACCACUGAAACGUUCAACCAACACAAUGUUUUUUUUAAGCUAGUUUCAUAGCAAGAAAACAUCAAAGAAGUUUAAAUUAGACAUUGGGUGGCCAGUAGAGGAAAGAAAGACAAAAGCAUUGAACUGUUUCUUCCUGAACAGCUUGUUUGACUAAGAGGUUUGUUUGAAUUACUUCAGCUCGAUUAAGUGAGUUUGCAGAGAUAGCCGUACAGCUCUACAGGCUACACCUCUAGUCUAACCAAAGGUAAGGCUGUGUGUCAGAUAUCAAGAACCAACAAACAGCUAGGAUGUGGCUGCAGGUAUUUUUCAGGCGGGAGCUGCACCCAGUGCCCCACCACGUUGUGAUUCCAUCCAACAGCUGAUAUAUGAGCCCCUGUAAUUGUUCUGUCACUGUGAGUACGUUUCUUCAAGCACAAUUUGUUUUAGAUCCGCCGUUACUCUUUUAAACUUGAUAGGGCUUUCAGGUUAGCACAGUAGCGAUAUUGACUUUGUCUUUGCACAAAUAAUUUUGUAAGGGAAGCGGGUUGGUGUGUGUGCGUGCGUGCGUUUGUGCGUGCGGAUAAGACUGUGUGGGCUGUAGAUGUAGGUGUAGACUAAGAUGGCUUGACUGAGAGGAGGUGACUGAGAGGGUAUAGGGAAGCAAGGGCUCACGGAGGCGCUUCCUCCUAUAGUGCACUACUUUUGUUAAUCCAAUGCCCUGUAUUAUGGGGGUUAUUUUCUUUUCUUUGUUCUGUGCCCAUUCUUGUAAUGAUGUCUGUGUAGAUUCAGAACUGGUUACCAUGGUGAGAGUCUGCUAUUGGUUAUUGAGGAGGGCACUGCCCGUCUAUUGAUGAUGACAUAGACAAGCACAGACACCAGCGACAUGCUGAGAGUUAGUGGUGUUCACAGCGUUUCAUUUAUUUGUCAACAACACCAAAUUGAGACAAAAGGGUGUUCAUUGGAUGACACAAUGUUUUGUAUUUGUUUAAGCAGCAGACUUCAGAAAGCCUGCCGAGUUCAGUUUACUUCAAAAGUUUACUCUCUCUCUCUCUCCCUCUCCUUUCCUCUCCCUCCCUCACCAUCUCUCUCUCUCCCUCUCUCUCUCUGCUUGGCCCUGUCAUGUAGUGUGGACUUAUGACAGUGUGGGAAGCUGUCUGGUGUACUGUGUUGUGACCUGAAGAUCUUUCACUCUAAAUCUAAAUUGCUUCAAUAAUCAAUAUAUCAGUCCCCCAGCAGUUCUUGUUGAAGCAUGCACUUUCUAUAGCAAUCAGAGUUUAAACAGUGGGUCAACACAGUUCUGCAAUACUAUCAGCAAACAUAAGCUGUGUGUGUGUGUCAUCAAAUAAAGUCUAAUUUUAUUUGUCAAAUGCUUGGUAAACAACAGGUGUAGACUAACAGUGAAAUGCUUACUUACGGGCCCUUCCCAACAAUGCAGAGAGAAAAAUAGAGAAAUAACAGAAAAUUUAUAACACGAGGAAUAAAUACGCAAUGAGUAAUGGUAACUUGGCUAUAUACACAGGAUACCAGUACCGAGUCGAUGUGGAGGGGUAAGAAAUAAUUGAGGUAGAUAUGUACGUACAGGUAGGGAUUUGAUUUUGAUUAAUUAGGAUCCUCAUUAGCCAACGCCAAUGGCAACAGCUAGUCUUACUGGGGUCCGACACAUAACGAAAAAGACAUUACAGACAAAAUACUUUACAAUUUACAUACAUUUAAAACAUUAACGUGUGUGUGUGUGUGUGUGCAUCUAUCAGUUACACACACUACCGUUCAAAAGUUUGGGGUCACUUAGAAAGUUGAGGACCUGUGAAACGCCUGUUUCUCAAACUAGACACUCUAAUGUAUUUGUCCUCUUGCUCAGUUGUGCACCGGGGCCUCCCACUCCUCUUUCUAUUCUGGCUAGAGCCAGUUUGCGCUGUUCUGUGAAGGGAGUAGUGCACAGCGUUGUACAAGAUCUUCAGUUUCUUGCCAAUUUCUCGCAUGGAAUAGCCUUCAUUUCUCAGAACAAGAAUAGACUGACGAGUUUCAGAAGAAAGUUAUUUGUUUCUGGCCAUUUUGAGCCUGUAAUCGAACCCACAAUUGCUGAUGCUCCAUAUACUCAACUAGUCUCAAGAAGGCCAGUUUUAUUGCUUCUUUAAUCAGCACAACAGUUUUCAGCUGUGCUAACAUAAUUGCAGAAGGGUUUUCUAAUGAUCAAUUAGCCUUUUAAAAUGAUAAACUUGGAUUAGCAAACACAACGUGCCAUUGGAACACAGGACUGAUGGUUGCUGAUAAUGGGCCUCUGUACGCCUAUGUAGAUAUUCCAUAAAAAAUCAGCCAUUUCCAGCUACAAUAGACAUUUACAACAUUAACAAUGUCUACACUGUAUUUAUGAUCAAUUUGAAGUUAUUUUAAUGUACCAAAAAAUUGCUUUUCUUUCGAAAACAAGGACAUUUCUAAGUGACCCCAAACUUUUGAACGGUAGUGUACAUGUCAGUAUAUACACACAACAAGUAGGUCACAUUGGGAAAAGGCGUUGUGCCGUGAGGUGUUGCUUUAUUAGUUUUUUGAAACCAGGUUUGCCGUUCACUUGCGCUCUAUAAGAUGGAAGGGCGUUCCAGGCACUCAUGGCUCUGCAUAAUACUGUACGUUAGUGAGAGAGAGUUUUUUCUUAAUGAGGGACGGUUCAAUCAGUGGUGCUGCGACGUGUCUGACAGGCCAGUGCUGGAAAUCAAACUCCACACUUUCGGAGAGUGUUGUUGGACUUUCCACCCAGACCUACCUGUGUGUGGCACGCCAGCAUGUAACUCAAACACCACCUUUGAUGGGUGGGCUUGGGUGGUGGCCUUACUACUACUGUACAUACAUCACUGCUGUACUGUGUGCUCAACGUCUCUCUUGACUUGAGAAAUGACAAUACAAAUCAUGUGCUCUUUACAUAUGAUGAUGAUCUGAUGAUCACUGCUAUGUAAAUAACUGCUUAUUUCUUAACGCAGGAGACAUACAGUGCCUUGCAAAAGUAUUCAUCCCCCUUGGAGUUUUUCCAAUUUUGUUGCAUUACAACCUGUAAUUUAAAUUGAUUUUUAUUUGGAUUUCAUGUAAUGGACAAACACAAAAUAGUCCACAUUUGUGAAGUGAAAUGAAAAAUAAAUAACGGAAAAGUAGUGCGUGCAUGUGUAUUCACCCCCUUUGCUAUGAAGCUCCUAAAUAAGAUCUGGUGCAACCAAUUACCUUCAGAAGUCACAUAAUUAGUUAAAUAAAGUCCACCUGUGUGCAAUCUAAGUGUCACAUGAUCUGUCACAUGAUCUCAGUAUAUAUACAUCUGUUCUGAAAGGCCCCAGAGUCUGCAACACCACUAAGCAAGGGGCACCACCAAGCAAGUGGCACCAUGAAGACCAAGGAGCUCUCCAAACAGGUCAGGGACAAAGUUGUGGAGAAGUAUAGAUCAGGGUUGGGUUCUAAAUAAAUAUCUGAAACUUUGAACAUCCCACGGAGCACCAUUAAAUCCAUUAUUAAAAAAUGGAAAGAAUAUGGCACCACAACAAACCUGCCAAGAGAGGGCCGCCCACCAAAACUCACGGACCAGGCAAGCAGGGCAUUAAUCAGAGAGGCAACAAAGAGACCAAAGAUAACCCUCGAUGAGCUGUAAUGCUCCACAGCGGAGAUUGGAGUAUCUUUCCAUAGGACCACUUUAAGCCGUACACUCCACAGAGCUGGGCUUUACGGAAGAGUGGCCAGAAAAAAGCCAUUGCUUAAAGAAAAAAUAAGCAAACAUGUUUGGUGUUUGCCAAAAGCCAUGUGGGAGACUCCCCAAACAUAUGGAAGAAUGGUAGACUAAAAUUGAGCUUUUUGACCAUCAAGGAAAACACUAUGUCUGGUGCAAACCCAACACCUCUCAUCACCCUGAGAACACCAUCCCCACAGUGAAGCGUGGUGGUGGCAGCAUCAUGCUGUGGGGAUGUUUUUCAUCGGCAGGGACUGGGAAACUGGUCAGAAUUGAAGGAAUAAUGGAUGGCGCUAAAUAUAGGGAAAUUCUUGAGGGAAACCUGUUUCAGUUUUCCAAAGAUUUGAGACUGGGACGGAGGUUCACCUUCCAGCAGGACAAUGACCCUAAGCAUACUACUAAAGCAACACUCGAGUGGUUUAAGGGGAAACAUUUAAAUGUCUUGGAAUGGCCUAGUCAAAGCCCAGACCUCAAUCCAAUUGAGAAUCUGUGGUAUGGCUUAAAGAUUGCUGUACACCAGCGGAACCCAUCCAACUUGAAGGAGCUGGAGCAGUUUUGCCUUGAAGAAUGGGCAAAAAUCCCAAUGGCUAGAUGUGCCAAGCUUAUAGAGACAUACCCCAAGAGACUUGCAGCUGUAAUUGCUGCAAAAGGUGGCUCUACAAAGUAUUGACUUUGGGGGGGUGAAUAGUUAUGCACGCUUAAGUGUUCUGUUUUUUUUGUCUUAUUUCUUGUUUGUUUCACAAUAAAAAAAUAUUUUGCAUCUUCAAAAUGGUAGGCAUGUUGUGUAAAUCAAAUGAUACAAACCCCAAAAAAAUCAAUUUUAAUUCCAGAUUGUAAGGCAACAAAAUAGGAAAAAUACCAAGGGGGUGAAUACUUUGGUAAGCCACUAUACACAAGGAUACAACAGAAAUAGAAACAAAAUGUGACCUGUUGUUAUUUUUAUGUCGCCACGUAUUGUAAAUGAGAUGAUUAGUGACCUCUCUGCAGGUCUUACACCUGUACCUCAGGGGACCUGUUUACCAGGUGUGCCUGUGUGAGGAGGGUGUGCUUUUGCAUGUCCUCCAUUAAUUUAAUUGCGCAAUUAAGGUAUUUAUUUUAACACUGGCGAAAUGUUGCAGACUGUGCAUGCUUAUUCACAAAAGCUGGAUAGUGAGAGAUUGUUAGCCCAAGUUGCCCAAUAGGGUGUUUCAAUAAAGAACACAAACUCAAGAGAUAAUAUUUACCAUGUCGAGGGUAGUUAUGGAACUCAUUUGCACCCGCAUGCACUGAGUAAACUGAAAGACACACAAACCAGUGGUCUACAUGGAUAAACAUUACGUUUCCCUCACACUCUGAAACUAUGGGAUCAUGCAGUGCAGAGCCAUCAUCUGUCCUUGAUGAGCUGUUUGAGCUGAACUGAGAAGGUCUGGGUCAAUAUGACAUUAUUAUUAUUAUUAUUAUUAUUAUUAUUAUUAUUAUUACCCUCCAGAAGUGGUACAGAGAUGGCUACAGUAUCAUUUAGUCCUACUAAAUGUAAUGUAUCUCUAAUUGCUAUAAUAUAAUUAUGCAGUCGCUCUGGAUAAGAGCGUCUGCUAAAUGACGUAAAUGUAAUGCAACAAUUACCACAUCUUUAAUGUAAGUAGGCCUACAUAUGAUAUUGUUAUUUUAAUCAAGGCCAAUGAAAGUGGGGAGAUGACAGGUGUGCUAGCUAUAGCAAAUUAUUUAGUUUUACAUAUUGCCCUUGAAAUGACACACUUACUGUAGAUGAGGAUCUUUGAAAUGCUAACAUGUCAAUAGUGCAUUAGGAACCAUUACAAUAUAAAUGCUUGUUUUGCCUUUGGUGUUUUGCCACCUUAUAUAGUUAUUUAAUCUAGAACCAAUGAAGCUUUGUAUGGAAGCAAUUCUGCAGAUCUAAGUGUUUGCUUUCCAAAUCAAGAAUCCUCAUUAAAACCAAACAGACUAAUAUCAGUAAAACACAAAUCUCAGACCGGUCUUCUCUUCUUAAUAUAGAAAAAUGCCUGCAGCCUUCUCCUGUGGAUAGGGUGAGUCAAUGAGAGAAUAAAGUGGAUUUAGACUUUUUUUCUUCUAUUCUUUUUAUUUGCUGUCACAAUCCCCUCCCAUCAUGCUCCUCUCUAAACUCCCAGCCUGCCUCGGUCUUGUCUGUCUCUAAUUACCUCCAGCUAUCCUCCUUUAAACCCCCCCUCUCUUCUCCUCUCUUCGUUCCCACUGGGCCCAAUUUAGCAACUAAUAUAAGCAAAUGUUAUCUAAAAGACUUUCCAAAGCGUAGUCUGCUUCAAUUUGGGAGCUUUGUCAUGACUUAUUUAAAGUUUUUCGGGGGUGAAAGUAGUCAGAUUUAGUCGGAAGCAUCUUCCUGGGGGCUUUCCGCCCAAUUACCUUAAAUAGACCAAUUAUUUCCCAUCUCAGCUGCUGGUAGAGCAUAACCACUAUACCUGGCAUGGACAUUUACUACAGCAUGAGAAAUGUAAAAUACAACACAUAUAUAAUACCUCCAUGGACCUACUCAUCCUCAUCUCCUCCCUCUCAUUGAGAAGGCUAAGGAUUCCCUACCUCAGGCCUAAUAAGGAUCACUGCCCCAUAUUCCCUUGUUAGACCAGAUGGGGUUGCUGUGUAUGGACUUGCUGGCUGGUAAAUGGGAUGUUUCUCAGUUUAUUAAUAUGCCAUAAAUAACCCCAUAAUCACAACACCUCUCAUAUAGACGUAGUCUCUGUAUAUUACAGACAGGCUCAGAUAUGCUGAACACUGGACCUGAUAAUGAGCUUGGUGUGAGAUCUGAAUGGAGGGGGCACUUGUGUGAGGGGCUCAGAGAGCCUGUGUGUGUAUUGCACUGUGGUCCCCUGUGAUACUAUGGUCCAUAACACAGUGUGAUGAGGUUUGUUUGGGCCGUGAACACAAUAGGGGUGUUGUCUUUUACUACUAGCACUGACUUUACUGAUAACUACUGUAUUGAGGGAAAAGUGUACUUAUUACGACUGUGAUUUGUGGUUGUCUCACCUAGCUAUCUUAAGAUGAAUGCACUAAUUGUAAGUCGCUCUGGAUAAGAGCGUCUGUUAAAUGACUAAAAUGUCAAAGGUAAUGAGAGGCUGGCCCAGGGUGUCCUGUUACCCUCCUGGGACGCUGACAGGAGAUUAAUCUCCCGUCUUUCCUUAAUGAAUGAACCUCUCCAAGGCUGUUGGACGAUCUAAUAGAAUAUAACAAUGAUUGCCUUUCAAUAGAAAACCUAUUCUUUGGUUCAUCAUCAACAUGAAUGGGCAGUAAGAUUAUCGAUGUGUGUGUGUCAGUGGUUCCCUGUUGGUGACUAUGUAACCUGGGAUGCUCUCCUAUAUCACACUCCUGUCACAAUAGGAUGAUGGACACAAGGAAGAAAACCAAGCCUGCCGCCCUGCUCCUACUUCACUGGGUGUGAGUGACAUUUGGACAUGGUUUAGGAGGGGAGAUUUGAGGGGUGCUGUUUGCUGUGUCUCUUUCUUACAAUAAUCAGUGCUCAAAAGGUCUCACAUUUGUGUGUCUAUUUUCAUCCCAUCCAUUUCUGCACAAUGACCACAGAGCUGGGGCCUAAUUGAGACGCCAGUGCUAAUUUGCAGCGAGAGCCAUGAUAGGCAGGGACUCAUCUCCCCGGCCCCAAAACGAUACAGACGGGGAAAUGGCAGAGGUCAGACUAGCUUCUCGCAAUGAAAGAGAUCAAGAUUAUUCAUUAAUCUCCAUUCCAGGGCCGUUAGACCUACACACAUGUGCGCACACACACACAUUCACACACACACACACACACACACACACACACACACACACAUUCACACAAACCACUUGGAUCAUGACAAGCUGAGGAGGAUAUCAUGACUAGACGCUGGUGGAUAUUUCUCCAUCAGAAAGGACUAGCGAUCAUAGGCGAAUCAGGCUCAGCAUUUGGCACAUCUUAAUUACUAUGAAAUAAUUAUUGUUCAUCAUGUUAUAUGGAGGAAAUCUCUGUAGCAUUACACUAAUGGUCCAUCCUGGUGAUGAAUGCACUUAUUAUUUAUUUCCUGAACCAGACAGCAGAAACCACGGCCAUUUCCCGUCUAGUAAAGGAGUGAGUUGGAGAAAUACUAAAUAAGUAACCAGGCAGUAUGGCAUCAUCAGAUAUAAUUUGACUGAUAUUGCUGUGUGGUUGGCUGUGUAGGAAUGGGCCUUUGUCUCUAUGACCAAUGAUAUCAGUGCUUAAUAGGUAGGGAGAGAGGAGUAGAAUUAUGUUGUAAUGACCCAUAAAGAAUGAGGGUGAUGUGAUUGUAAUAACCCAUAACAACUUAUUACUAUGAGUUACUCCCCUUAAAUACCAGAAGAGGAGUACAUCUCAGUGACUGGGUUUGUGAAUAAAGGAGCUGGCCCAAGACACAUGCACGCACGUGCAUACACACACACACACACACACACACACACACACACACACACACACACACACACACACAGUAUCCAUGCACAGAACAGGGUUACAGCGGCACACCGGCAUAUCAAAGAUUCCCUCACUCACUGAGAUCCUCUAUGCUUCUUGGAGGUGAGAUCUGUAAUGCAGUCUUGCAUACACUCAUUCAUUCAUAGUCCAUCCAACUGGAAGGAUGUGAGUGAGAAUGUUGUUAUUGUUGCCUGUUGCUGCCCACGUUCAAACUGGCUCAAUUUUGUCAGCCUCUAUUAAAAAUGACAAAAAUUGCAGGUCUGCCAUUAACACCAAUAACAUCUCUGUGUGUAAUGUAGCUAGUCACCUCCUACUGUAUGUGAGCUGUUGAGUGACGCGGGAAUAUAUCAAGUCUAUGUCUAAUUAUAUACAGGGUAGUUUGGGUCUUGGAUGCUGAUUGGCGGAAACAGCAUUUCAGCCUUGUGUAUAUCAGACAAUAUACCACGGGUAUGAUUCAAAAAUACUUGUUUACUGUUCUAUUUAUGUUGGUAACCAGUUUAUAAUAGCAAUAAGGCGCUUCGCGUCGUGCCUAAAAACAGUCCUUAGCCGUGGUAUAUUUAAGCAAAAAGGCCUGAGGGGGUGUGGUAUAUGGCCAAUAUACCACGACUAAGGGCUGUAUCCAGGCACUCCGCGUUGCGUUGUGCUUACGAACAGCCCUUAGCCGUGGUAUAUUGGCCAUAUACCACACCCCCUUGGGCCGUAUUGCUUAAAUAUAUCACGCCAAAGGGCUCUUCUUAAGCCCGACAGUACGCGGAGUGCCUGGAUACAGCCCUUAGCUGCGGUAUAUUGGCCAUAUACAGUACCACAAACCCUCGAGGUGCCUUAUUGCUAUUAUAAUCUAAUAUCUGGUUACCAAUUUAACCACCCGGUUUAUAAUGUAUGAUAUACCACAGCUUUCAGUUAAUCAGCAUCCAGGAGCCAGACUACCUGGUUUAUAAUGGCCAAUAUAUCACACCCCUCAGGCCUUAUUGCUUAAAUGUACAGGGUAAAGUUUGUACUUGUAGCUUGCUUUCUCUAAUUGUAUCUUUUGUCUUUUCCCCUUUUUAUAGAGUUGUUGAAGUAAUUAUUUAGCUUGAAGCUGAAAAGAUCCCAACCAGAUAGAUUAAGGACAUUACCUUGUCAGGAUGCAAACACCGUGCCUCUGUAUACUCUCUCUUUCUCCUUCACUCUCUCUCUCUCUCUCUAGCCUUUCUCUCGCUCUUGAAACGACAUCAAUCCGCCGUGUUACUUCACGCCUCUCUUCCUGUGGUUGCAGGUGCAAAGACCCACUGUGAUGUCAGCAGCACUCUGAGCGGCCAGGUGCAGUCAGAGAACACAGAGACGUCUCAGGCCCCCUCCCUGCCCCCCUCACUGCCCCACAGGGACCAGGGGGACGGGGAAGAGCAGGGGCAGGCCGAGGAACACAUCAACGAUAAGCACGGGGACAGGGGCUCCAGCGAGUCAGUGGGCAGCGGCUCCUCCUUUGAGGAACUGGACUUGGUGGAGGAGAUGGUGGAGGAGCUGGAGAGAGAGUUGGGGAUGGAGGGAAGGGAGGAGGAAGGCCUCACGGUGGAGGAAGGAGCCAAGGAAGCCCCAUGA